CGGAUUGGCUGUACGGUGUAUGUCGUGACUGCGUCGUCGCCAGUCUCGCGCGUGUGUGGCGGCGUAUGUUGUAUGUGUGUGUGUGUGUACGAGAGAGAGAUAUACCGGAGCGAGGCGAGAUCGUGCGUCCGUCGUGUGCAUCCCCCGCAACGAGAAUAAUCGAGUCCGACAAUGAGUGACCCCAAGAGUGGUGAAGAUUUGGCAACGGCUAUCCUUCGCAAGAAGGACAGGCCAAACAGACUAUUGGUCGAUGAGGCUGUCGCUGAUGACAAUUCUGUGGUGGCUCUGUCUCAAGCUAAGAUGGAUGAAUUACAGCUGUUUCGUGGAGAUACUGUAUUACUGAAGGGCAAGAGGCGCAAAGAGACAGUGUGCAUUGUCCUUUCCGACGAUAACUGUCCAGAUGAAAAGAUUCGCAUGAAUCGAGUUGUCAGGAACAAUUUGCGUGUACGUCUGAGCGAUGUAGUCUCUGUACAGGCGUGUCCAGAGGUCAAAUACGGAAAGCGCAUUCAUGUGUUGCCAAUGGACGAUACAAUUGACGGUCUCACUGGAAAUAUGUUCGAGGUGUAUCUGAAGCCGUACUUCUUGGAGGCAUACCGUCCUAUUCAUAAAGACGACAACUUUAUCGUACGAGGAGGAAUGCGAGCCGUGGAAUUCAAAGUGGUGGAGACCGACCCCGGGCCUUUCUGUAUCGUGGCACCCGACACAGUGAUACACUGCGAAGGCGAUCCGAUUAAACGAGAGGAAGAAGAAGAAGCCUUGAAUGCGGUAGGUUACGACGAUAUCGGUGGCGUUCGUAAGCAAUUAGCACAAAUCAAGGAGAUGGUGGAGCUUCCUCUGCGACACCCGUCUCUGUUCAAAGCGAUCGGUGUGAAACCACCACGUGGCAUAUUACUGUACGGCCCGCCGGGAACCGGAAAAACCCUCAUCGCUCGUGCUGUAGCGAACGAGACCGGCGCAUUUUUCUUCCUCAUAAACGGUCCCGAAAUUAUGAGCAAGCUAGCCGGUGAGUCCGAGAGCAACUUGCGGAAGGCGUUUGAGGAGGCCGAGAAAAACUCACCGGCUAUUAUAUUUAUCGACGAGCUUGAUGCUAUCGCGCCGAAACGCGAGAAGACGCACGGCGAGGUCGAGAGACGCAUAGUGUCGCAACUAUUGACGCUGAUGGACGGAAUGAAACAGAGUUCCCACGUAAUCGUAAUGGCAGCUACCAAUCGACCUAACAGCAUCGAUGGGGCGUUGCGCCGCUUCGGACGUUUCGACAGGGAGAUUGAUAUCGGCAUACCGGACGCUACCGGUCGGCUGGAGAUCCUGCGGAUCCAUACGAAGAACAUGAAGCUCGCCGAUGACGUGGAAUUGGAAGAGAUCGCAGCGGAAACUCACGGACACGUAGGCGCCGACUUGGCAUCCUUGUGUUCCGAGGCGGCUUUGCAACAGAUUCGCGAAAAGAUGGAUCUCAUCGAUCUGGAGGACGACCAUAUAGACGCGGAAGUUCUCUCCUCGCUCGCCGUAACUAUGGAGAACUUCAAGUACGCGAUGACGAAGAGCAGCCCGAGCGCUCUGCGCGAGACGAUCGUGGAGGUGCCGACGGUAACUUGGGACGAUAUCGGAGGCUUGCACAACGUCAAGAUGGAGCUGCAAGAAUUGGUGCAGUAUCCAGUGGAGCAUCCGGAUAAAUUCCUGAAAUUCGGCAUGCAACCGUCAAGAGGCGUGCUGUUUUACGGCCCGCCCGGUUGCGGUAAAACACUAUUGGCCAAAGCGAUCGCCAACGAGUGUCAAGCGAAUUUUAUUUCUGUCAAGGGCCCCGAACUAUUAACCAUGUGGUUUGGAGAGUCGGAGGCUAACGUCAGAGACGUUUUCGACAAGGCAAGAUCGGCAGCACCCUGUGUGUUGUUCUUCGACGAACUGGAUUCAAUCGCGAAGUCGCGAGGCGGUACCGUCGGCGACGCUGGCGGAGCGGCGGACCGCGUGAUCAAUCAGAUACUGACGGAAAUGGACGGUAUGGGAGCGAAGAAGAAUGUGUUCAUCAUAGGAGCGACCAAUCGUCCCGACAUCAUCGAUCCAGCCAUUCUGCGACCCGGUAGACUAGACCAACUGAUCUACAUACCGCUGCCAGACGAGAAGUCCCGAGAAGCGAUAUUCCGCGCUAACCUCCGCAAAUCGCCAGUAGCUAAGGAUGUAGACUUAAGCUAUAUAGCCAAAGUCACACACGGUUUCUCCGGCGCCGAUCUAACGGAGAUUUGUCAGCGUGCGUGCAAGCUCGCCAUUCGACAGUGCAUCGAGACGGAAAUUCGCAGGGAAAAGGAACGAGCAAGUAAUCCAUCCGCGUCCAUGGACAUGGACGAAGAUGAUCCGGUACCCGAAAUAACGCGAGCUCACUUCGAGGAGGCGAUGAGGUUCGCGCGUCGCUCGGUGUCCGACAAUGACAUUCGCAAGUACGAGAUGUUCGCGCAAACGCUUCAGCAGUCUCGAGGAUUUGGGACUAAUUUCAGAUUUCCACAGAGCGGAGCGGGCGGUACUCAGGAUACCACGCAAGGCGACCAAGCCUUUCAAGAGGAUGGAGAUGACGAUCUUUAUAGUUAAGUUCUCGUUCUCGUUUCCUUGCGUGUCAUUACAGUGAGCGUACGACAAAAGGGCCUGUCUGUUACCACACCAACGUUUUGCACAGGAAUUCGUCUCUAACUGGUACAAAACAACAAAAAAGUAUCGAAGGCUUCAAGCAGAUGGAUAAGAGUAUAAAUGGAAAUUUUAUAUAAGAAUAACAUGCAACUUUUGUGUUUGUAGAGAGGGGAGGGAUUGUGAACUCUAAGGGGUUCGUAUAUAGUUGAUAGUUAUUCGAAUAUAAAAUAUCGAUUGAAAUUGUUGCUCCUUUUUUCCGUCAUCAGGAUUGUUUCUGCGUCUUCUCAACAUUUCCGUUCGAAAAAAACUUAAUUCUCUGAACUGCGUUUCGCCGAGAGUAGAUUAUCUUGCAACGAACGAAGCAUAAAAUAUAUAUAUAUAUAAUUUUUUUUUUUAAUUAUCCAACAGAGCGAAAAUUGUCUUUUACGUGCGUCUCCUGUGAGAUAUAUGUAACGUUUGUGUCGUUUUAAUAACAAGGGAUAUACAUUCGUUA